CAGCACAUAUGCAUGUUCAAACCUAACAUCACCAUGUUUAAUUACAUCUCUAAACAUCAUUACAUAAUUUCUUCAUUGAACAGACCCAAAGACAGAUCUCUCCUCACCUUCUUUCACCCAAAAGCAACUGCCAUGGAAGCUUUCACGACCUUGUUAGUGCUUCUCAUGAUCAAAGUACUCGUCUGUGCAACUAGCCCGACGGACAUUCCUUCAAGAAGCCAAGACCUUGUCGUUGCCACUGACGAGAUGGCAAGAGCCAACUACUUCAGUUUUGUCAUGCUCAUUAACAUGGCCCCACUUGAUCAGAAAUUUCAGGGGAAUGUUACUUUCUUGAUGCCCAAGGAUCGUAUAUUGUCUAAAAUCAGGAUGCAUCAAAACGCUGUUUCUGAUUUUUUGCUGCGCCAUUCAAUCCCAUCACCCUUGCUCUUUGAUCACCUGCGACAUAUUCCACCAGGCUCGCUGAUUCCCAGUUCCGAUCCCGAUUAUAUGCUUAACAUUUCCAACAAGGGAAGGAAGAGUUUCUUUCUCAACAAUGUCAAGAUCUCUAGCCCAGAUCUAUGCACUGCAGGGUCUUCAAUUAGAUGCCAUGGCAUCGAUGGGGUGCUGCUAGUAGCUACGGAUAGGCAUCCUUUACCUGCUUGUUCCAACAGCACAAGUCCUGCUGUUGUGGCCACACCACCAAGCCCAUCAGUACUCCCAUUACCAGAUAUUCCAUCAUCAGCUCCUCCUCCUGGGGCUGCUGCGCCGACAGACCAAGAGCACAACCCAAAACAUUCAGGCUCUUCCCAGCUAGAAAGUCUCUCUCUUGGAGGUUUAUUAAAAUUCUUGGCGACUUCUAUUUUGGUGUUAAAUGCUCGGUUUCUCUAUACAGUGGGACUGAAUUAAAGGAUUUGGAGAAGUGUAUACAACGGGUCAC